CAUCGGCCCGCAACAUAACGAAUACAGUUCGAUAAAGCGUCUUCUUUGGGCACAGGAGUACAACAAAUAGUCGCUUAAAACUUUGAUAAAUCUCCGAUUUGCAGCCGACAACCUUUUAUUUUGAUAACUAACACUUCGACUUCGCUCAUUUUACUAAAUAACAUAACAUUUGGCAUUUUUUAAUAACUUCCAUACCGUUGAUACAAAGUAAAAAACACAAUAUGAAUCCAGAGGAAGAAGUUUUGAGAAUUCAAAAAAAAUUAACCAAGAUGACUGAUGGAAGUGAAGUGGCUCAUGAUCAAGCUCUUGAGUUAUUGAAGAUACUACAAAAACUACCUGUUAAUUUAGAGCUCCUUCAAAAGACUCGAAUUGGCAUGACAGUCAAUGCUUUGCGAAAAUGUAGUAGGGAUGAGGAAGUAAUAUCAUUAUCCAAAGUAUUGAUCAAAAAUUGGAAAAAGUUUUUAUCUGGACCAAAAGACUCUAAAGAAAUAAAUUCAUUUGGAAGUAAAAAGAAAAGCGAAUCAAAAUCAGAAAAAAGCAAAGAAGAACCUGAAAAUAAAAAUGAAAAAACAGACGACUCAAACAAAAAUAAAGAUGACAAAAGUCCCAAAAAUUCAAAAAAAACUUCUUGCUAUCCACCACCCUCAACAACAGAUGCUGUUCGACUCAAAUGCAGAGAGCUUCUUGCUUCAGCUUUAAAAGUUGAUGGAGUAUCAAUGGAUGGAUGUGCUAGUGCAGAAGAAUUAGCUGAAGAUCUCGAAGAUGCUAUAUUUGCGGAGUUCAAAAAUACUGAUAACAAGUACAGAAAUAGAGUCAGAAGCCGCGUUGCAAACUUGAGAGACUCGAAAAAUCCGACGCUAAGAACAAAUUUCAUUGUUGGCGCUAUCACACCCGCUAGAUUAGCAACAAUGACGGCCGAAGAAAUGGCAAGCGACGAAAUCAAACAGUUGAGAGACAAAUUCAAGAAAGAAGCUAUCAAUGACGCCCAACUUGCUCAAGUGCAAGGAACAAAGACAGAUUUAUUGAAAUGUGGUAAAUGUAAAAAACGAAAUUGCACUUAUAAUCAAGUGCAGACAAGAUCGGCCGACGAACCUAUGACUACAUUUGUAUUGUGUAACGAAUGCGGCAAUCGGUGGAAGUUUUGCUAAUCAACUUUUUAGCAUCUACUUUUCUGUAAUCAUCUACCGAAUACGCAAUACCAUUUGAAAUCAUUGCUUCUUAGUUUCCUUAUUAGAUAUUAAAUGAAAUUCAAAUAAUUCAAUAA